UGGCUAUAAAAUACUGUGCGAUAGUGUUGUAUUCGUUUUGAGCCGGUUCUUUGCCUGAAACAAAAAGAAAUCGGUUGAAUUUGAACGUUUCCAAACUUUUCUAUCUUUAAUCGAAUAAUCUUUUGAUAGAUUAGGUGUUUUGACACCUCAAAAUGCCAAAGAAUCCCGAUGCGGAGAAAAAUAAUCCCUGCCUGUUGGAACAGGAUUUGGUUAACAAAUGUCUCAAUAAAAACAACUACGAAAGCAGUAUGUGCGAGCUGUAUUUCUCCAACUAUAAAAGUUGUAAAGAUUUUUGGUACAAAGUUCGAAGAGAUCGGCGAGCACAAGGAAAACAACCCUAUCUGCCCGAUGUAGAAGACCGAGCCCGGAUCAAGGCAGAGUACAUGAAGACUAAGCCCAGUAGUAACUAACGAUAGUUGCAUAGAUUAGCUGUAAUGUGUUGAGAUACAAAACGAUAUUGCAUUAGUGUUGUGGUGCAAUAAAUCAUUUACAUUUGUGAUUAUUA